AUGGUUGUGGUCCUCUGUGGGAUAGCCAUAUACUUUCUGAGCUACUGGUCUCUUUGUGUUUCGGCAUACAGAGCUCUGUCGCGACCAGAGCUCGAGUCUUUGUCUGCUCUUUCGGUGCCGCAUCGCUUGGACGCCGAUGGCGAUUUGCUUGCGCCAUUAUUGGUACCCAGGGUUUCGGGGACUUCCGGUAAUGUCCGUGUGCAACAAUUCAUUGCAAAUCACUUUGAGCAGCUUGGUUGGUCAGUCCAGCUGGAUCAGUUCACGGAUUCUACACCCUUUGGAGCAAAGAACUUCACCAAUGUUAUUGCUACCAAAUAUCCCGACGCAGCUAGCAGGCUAGUGCUGGCAGCUCACUUUGAUUCCAAAUAUUACUCCGAUUUCGAAUUUAUUGGUGCCACCGAUUCUGCCGUUCCAUGUGCCAUCCUGAUGGAUUUGGCGGAAACUAUGAAUCCGCUUUUAGAUAGCCAUAAGGGUAACAUGUCGCUGCAGCUGAUAUUCUUUGACGGAGAAGAAGCCUUUGUCAGUUGGAGCGACGGCGACUCUACUUAUGGGGCGCGUCAUUUGGCACAAGAGUGGGAGACGCAAUACUCGCAACAACAAAUGCAAAACAAAGGUGACACCACGCUGAAUAAAAUCGAAGUACUGGUGCUUCUCGAUCUGUUAGGCACGCCUAAUCCGCAGUUUCCAAAUUACUAUCGAUCCACCGAUUGGUUAUUCCGUCAACUGGUCAACUUGGAAACACGCUUAGGUGAUGCCUCAUUAUUGGCUACGUCCACCAACCAAGGGAAACCGAUGGAACCUAUGUUUGUUACGGACUCAUUCAUGACCUAUCAAGGGCAACUCAUGUCCGACGAUCACGUUCCCUUUCUAAGACGUGGUGUCAAUAUCCUCCACAUCAUUCCCUCGCCGUUUCCUGAUGUGUGGCAUAAACAGGAAGAUAAUGCCGAAUGCAUCGAUGCACCCACCGUCAAUAACCUUGCCAUCAUUUUCCGCAGUUUUGUGGCCGAAUACCUUGAACUCCAACCCAAAUAA